AUGGCUGAGGCACCUCAGCAGCAGCAGCAGCAGCAGCAGCAGGAGGAGGAGAAGGAGGAGCAGGAGCAGCCGAGCACUGUGGAGGCGACGGAGACCGAGGAGGGGUCCGAGGAGACGAAGGAGAGCGUCCAGGUGACCCCUACCCGACCUCUGCUGUCCAUGAGGUCCAUGAGCAGCGUGGACCCCGAUGACGACUCCCCCAACAUGAUCGUCUACAGAAAGAUUGAAGACAUUGUCACCAACAUCCAGGAUGAGACCGAGGGCGUGCCCAUCAGAACUGUCAAAAGCUUCAUGACCAAAAUCCCCAGCGUUGUUACAGGUGCAGAUAUUGUACAGUGGCUGAUGAAGAACCUGUCCAUCGAGGAUCCAGCCGAGGCCAUGCACAUCGGGAGUCUCAUCGCAGCUCAGGGGUACUUCUUCCCCAUCUCAGACCACGUCCUCUCCCUCAAAGACGACGGCACCUUCUACCGCUUUCAGGCUCCGUAUUUCUGGCCGUCCAACUGUUGGGAGCCUGAGAACACAGACUACGCGAUCUAUCUGUGCAAGCGGACCAUGCAGAAUAAGACCAGGCUGGAGUUGGCAGAUUAUGAGGCGGAGAACCUGGCCAGGCUGCAGAGAGCCUUUGCCAGGAAGUGGGAGUUUAUCUACAUGCAGGCUGAGGCCCAGGUCAAGAUCGACAGGAAAAAGGAUAAAACCGAGAGGAAGAUCCUCGACAGCCAGGAGAGAGCCUUCUGGGACGUCCACAGACCUGUGCCUGGAUGUGUCAACACAACAGAGAUGGACAUCAGGAAAUGUAGACGCAUGAAGAACCCUCAUAGAGUUAAGAAGUCAGUGUACGGCGUGGCGGAGGAGGGAGCGCAGUCUCAGAGUCCCAUACACACCCCCUCGCACCACUGCAGGAAAGGCACCAAGGAGGAUGUGGAGAAAGAGAUCUUAUUCCUGAACACCCAGCUGGACCGCCACCGUAUGAAGAUGUCCAAAGUUGCCGAAAGUCUGAUAAGCUACACCGAGCAGUACGUGGAGUACGACCCCUUUGUGACGGCGCCGGAGCCGUCCAACCCGUGGACCAGCGACGAUCCGUCCCUCUGGGAUCUGGAGGCCAGUAAGGAGCCCAGUCAGCAGCGGGUGAAGAAGUGGGGUUUCUCUCUGGAGGAGGCACUGAAGGACCCGGCGGGACAGGAGCUCUUCCUCAAGUUCCUGGAGUCAGAGUUCAGCUCAGAAAACCUGCGGUUCUGGUUGGCGGUGCAGGACCUAAAGAGGAUGCCCCAGCAGGACGUGGCGCAGAGGGCGCAGGACAUUUGGGCGGAGUUCCUGGCGGAGGGAGCGCCCAGCUCCAUCAACCUGGACUCCCACAGCUACGAGCGCACGAGCCAGAACCUGAAGGACCCCGGACGAUACAGCUACGAGGACGCACAGGACCACAUCUACAAGCUGAUGAAGAGCGACAGCUAUACGCGCUUCCUGCGCUCCAACGUGUACCAGGACCUGCUGAUGGCCAGGAAGAAACCUGAAACCGAGCAGGGGCGACGCACCUCCCUGGAGAAGUUCACUCGCAGUGUGGGCAAGUCGCUGACGGGCAAACGCCUGACGGGCCUCAUGCAGUCCUCCUGACAAGGCCUGGACCAAGAGUAGGAG